AUGUCAUUAUUUUGUGUCGUUCUAGUUGGACCUCUUAUGAGUCCUUUCGCGGUAGAUAUUGCCGAAAAAAAUAUCAUUAAUAAUAUUGAAAUUUCUAUCGACGUUCUCACCAUUUGGCAUCUCAAGAAGCUUAUCUGGAAGCAGAUCCAAUAUGAUCUUGCCGGUAUUAGCCCCGCCAUACUGACACUAUGGAAGGUCAAAGGCCUUAGCGAAGGAAACAGAAAAUGGGAAAUACUUGAAAGUCUCACACCGAAAUUGAUAUCAAACAAGAAUUUGGAGGUGAGAAGUUGUUCUCAACUACAAAGUUUAAAGAAGCUUUUCCAGAAAAAAAGAAGCCGAGAUGAUUCGGACGAAAUUGGUGAAGGCCAAGAAAGUAAAAAAGUAAAACUACAACAAGUUAAAGAAAAUAUUGAUAAAUUGUGCUGGAAUCAUUUUUAUAUUAAGAGUUCUUCGGCAAACAACUAUGCAGUAUUGCAAAAGCAGACUAAUGAAAAGAAAAUUACGUUUAUGGAGGAUUCGAUGAG